AUGGACAUCAGGGACGUUUCUAAUGUCGGCGACUUUGCCUCCGUCAUGGAACGGCUUCAAGCUGCCGCGGAACGAGCUGGUCGCAGAAAAGGACAAGUUCCUCAUGAUCAUCCUCCGCCCGAUAUGCUGGUUAUCCAGUUCAUGCUGGCAAGAUCAAUGCACAUAUCACGCCCGGCAGCUCCCAGUGGAGGGUCGAAUAUUGCAACUACUCAGAUCCCGCCAGCAUAUCCUCCCUGUGUGCAUCCUGUAAAUGAGCUGCAGCCUCUGCCAAUCUCCAAGAUGAGGUUGGAAGAGGACCACCGAGGCAAGCUGGUCAUCGUACGGACAAUGACGCCCACGGAUCAGAUCAACGCAAUCAUGGCCAUCGCUGAGGACAAGGCAGGCACCGCUGUCUUACUUCAACUCUACAAUCAGCCAGAUCAUAGGGUUGUGCAACCUGACGACAUACUCCCGGAAGGCAGCAUCUGUCUCAUCAAGGACCCGUUCCUCAAGGCGACGACCGACGGCAAAUACAGUUUACGGGUGGACCACAUUGGCGACAUCAUCCUACUACCCGAGGGCGACGAACGCAUCCCAUAUUCCAAAGCACUCGCCUCUGCCACCACGGCUGAACAGAAGCGCGCCGCGCUCCUUAACCGUUCCUUGGCAAAUCUCAAGCUAGAUCGCCCGGAGAAGGCACUGAGCGAUGCCAUUGAAAGCCGACAGGACAACGAACCAACCGAGAAGGGACUGUUCAGAGAAGCCAAGGCCCACUACGCGCUGGAACACUUUUCGCUCUGUGCCGAGAAACUACGUCAAGUAGUUAUCCUGAACCCCAAAAACCGAGACGCAGGGAAGGAGCUGGAACGAACUCUGUGCCGUAUUCGUGAGCAAGAUCAGGGGAUCUACCAGUGGAAGUACAUGCACAACCAAGCCAAGGCCACCCCCCCUACAAUCGACUGUGCGACCUACACUGGUCCUGUCGAGGUGCGCCACUCCCCCGGACGUGGACGAGGGCUCUUCAUAACGAAGCCCGUGAAGGCUGGUGAUCUUCUCCUCUGUGAGAAAGCCUUUACAUACAGCUAUGCUGGCGAAGAUGAUGCUGCCAGUCGCCAGAACAUAAAGAUACUCAUGAGCUUGGACACAAAGAGAAUGACGAUGGGUGGGCAGGCAGAUCUUCUUUCCGGCCUCGUACAGAAGCUCCAUCACAAUCCGCAGGCUGCCUCCCGCUUCUUCGACUUGCAUCGCGGGAAGUACCAAUCAGGCGAGACUGCACAACAGAUUCAGACGGUGAUUGAUACCUAUCGGCCGCCUGAAUGUGCGAGCUAUGAUGAAACUCAGAAGCAUCUACAAAACUGGGGGUUCACUUGCCAAUCUCAUGAGUCCAACGCACAACGGCUGAUUGGCCAGCUCGAGGAGACUUACGCCGCCGGUAAAGGAUCCUACCGUCUGGAACUAUGGGACUCGUACCUUGCGCUCGGCCAGAAGCGACUGGACAGGGGAAAACACUUUGAAGCUCUCGAGUUGUCGAUCAAGAGCCUCGAGGCUCGUGGCUUCAUUCUGGAGGCUAGCAGAGCUGUAGAGGUGGUAUCCGGCAAGCGCCAUCUGAAGGUCAUCAAAUGGGGUUCACCUGGAGCGCACAUCGUAACGGCCUUCCUCGUCAUGUUCCACGUGUACAAGAUUGUGGCCCCUGAGCUAUGCGUGCCAGCAAGAGAAUAUGCUAGGACGGCUUACGCAAUCUGCUAUGGAGAGAAUGACAGUAUUGGGGAGGUAUUCGAGGAGCUCAUAUGA